UGACCCGGCAGACGACACGCCGUCCGCACGCCACCAACCAUCCGGCGAGAUGGAAACCCCGCCGCCGCGGCGGUGGCCGCCGGGCUUCCGCUUCAGCCCCACCGACGAGGAGCUCGUCCUCUACUUCCUCAAGCGCCGGAUCGUCUCUGCCCGGCCCUCACCCUACGUCGCCGACGUCGACGUCUACAAGUCCCACCCCUCCCACCUCCCAGGUACGCACCCUCCUCCCCCAACCCCCCCAAUCGAUCGCAUCGCUUGUUGCAACCCCUCCGGCAGUCUCUUGACCUGUACGCACCGGUGCUGCACUGAAGAGAGGUCGGCGCUGCAGACGGGGGACAGGCAGUGGUUCUUCUUCAGCCGGACGGACCGCAAGUACCCCAACGGCUCGCGCGCCAGCCGCACCACGGGCGACGGCUACUGGAAGGCCACGGGGAAGGAUCGCUUCAUCUGCGGGGGCGGCCGGGCGGUGGGGAACAAGAAGACGCUCGUGUACCACCACGGCCGGGCCCCGCGCGGGGAGCGCACGGACUGGGUCAUGCACGAGUACACCCUGCUCGCCGACGCGCUCCCGCCGGCCGCGCAGGGGAGGGAGUCCUACGCGCUGUACAAGCUUUUCCAGAAGAGCGGGGCCGGGCCCAAGAACGGCGAGCAGUACGGCGCGCCCUUUCGGGAGGAGGAUUGGUUGGAUGACGAUGAGGAGGGAGUGACUGCAGAUGCUUCCGCUAAUUCUGUUCCUAUUUGCCCUGCUACAGUGGAGGAGCAUGCAAUUGCUGACCGUGAACUUCCGAUUGAGGAUCUUCACGAGCUCCUGUCACAAAUUGGAAAUGAUCAGGAGGAGUUUGGUGAAGCACCGCUAGAUUUCUCAACACCUGCUACUUCCCACGGUCAAGGUCAGGGUUGGCCCAGUGGUGGGGGUGACAAGGCUGAGGUUGUGGAUGCUUCCGUUAGUGAUGGUGCUGUGGUAGUGGCAGAGAAUACGUGCAUUGAUCUCCCUCUUGGGGAUAUUGAGCAGCUUCUGAUGCAGAUAUCUGAUGAUCAGCAAAAUGCCGAAUUUUUCUCAGAUUUCACACCAUCAGUUCCACAACUGCAGCUUCAGUGUGACAAUCAUCAGGUUUGGCUUGAUGCCCACAGGGGGCAGGAAGUUUGUGCUGCAGAUCCUACCGCCAGCGGUGGUGCCGUGGUAGCAGCAGAAUGUACUGACACAGAUCUUGAAGGUCUUCUGCUGCAAAUAGCCAGUGACCAGGACAUGGUUGAACCUCUAUCAGAUCUGUCCCCACCAAUUCCACAUCAUAACUUCAAUCAGGUCGGCAUUGGGGAUUUCCAUGAAUCUCACGGUGCUCCGGUUGGUAAUCUUUCUUGUACAGUUCAAGAAAGUACAUUUGUUCCACAAACUGAGCUGAGAAGUCAAUUUCCACAGUCUAACCUAACCAAUGUGCCAUUUAGCGGAGAAACAAAUUCUUCUGAAGGGACAAGUGUGCCACAUUCUGUGUCAGGUUUGAUCAGUUACAAUAGUCAGGAUGCUGAUGAUGAGUUCCUUGAAAUCAAUGAUUUCUUUGAUCUGGAGGAUGUAGAACAGAGUGCAAAUUGUACAGCAACGGAGCACUUGAUAUCUGCAACAAAUGGGAUGUUUGACAACUUGGAAUACUCUGAUGCUCCUACGUUUCUACCUGGUCCAUUUGACACAGCUGGAGAAGUAGCUGAAAAUCAAUUUUUUGAUUUUGGUAGCAGUGGAAUUCAGAACCAGGGAUUUCAUUAUACAACUCAAGUAAGGACACAAAAUCAGGCCGCUCUUAAUGUGCGGAGCCAUAUGAAGGAUAACCAUGUUGUCUUAUCCUCACAUACAUCAGGCACUUUGAAUCUUCAUGCGGCAAAUGAGCCACCAAGCAGGAGCUCAACUGCUUCACAAUCAUGGUUCAAUGCUGCUCUAUCAACCUUGUUGGACUCUGUACCUAGCAGUCCAGCAUUGGCUGCUGAAAUCGAAAACACUGUUAUCAACAGAACACUUCAGCGCAUCUCUAGCUUCAGAUCACAUCAAGCUUCAGGUGAAGAAAACACUGUUAUCAACAGAACACUUCAGCGCAUCUCUAGCUUCAGGUCUCAGCAAGCCGUACGUGAAGAACCGAGCACCCGAAGGAUUCAGGUUACCAGAGGUGGCAGACUGACGUUCAUCUCUCUACUGGUUAUACUAGCUGCCGUAAUGUGGACCUUUACUGCUGGGUCUGCACUCAAUUUUUGCAAGGGGUUAUGGAAAUCAUCUUCUAGGUGACAAGAUCAACGGCGAUCUUUUUCCUGUUAUUCUGGUGAUCGGGUCCUCUAUGAAUUGUUGUUUGAAUAUCCCUUUCCUUUCAAAAGGUAAAAGAUGUAGAAGCAUUUUGAGGGCAGAUCAACGGUUACAGGUGUUAGUAGCUUAUGCGAUAGAACAAGGAAAAAGAAAGAUAAUGCGAAAAGAAAAGGUUUUCUAAUGGUAAUAUAUGUAGCUGCUGAGUUAUUGGCGUCCUGUAUUUUGACGGAAAUAUAUACUGAAUGUAAGUAAACCAUUAAUAUAACUGCAGUUUCUGUGCAUAGGAUCAUGACAUUUUUGGGGGAAAAAAGAUUUCAAUGUA